AGUAGAGCAUUGUAUAAAUGGCUCAUGCUUCGAAUCAGGCUUCCAUUUGAGAAGGAGAAAGACGACCUGAUAGGACUAGGGUUUGCACGAUUUGUCAACGGCCCCGAAAAAGGAUACAUUGAUGAACCGCUUGUUCUGCUUGGAGCAGCGCAGGAAUUCAGCGAAUCCCACUUUCCACUAGAACUUGAGGCUUUGAGUGGCCUUCAGUCACACGAGGGCCGGGGCGAACAUUUCGAGGAAUAUGUCGCAUAUUCCCUCACGUAUGCAUUUGACGGGCGGAGGAAACUGUGCGAAAUAUUUUCCUUCGGGGAACAUGUCCCAGACUGGGCGCAACAAUGUGCUGAACUAGUUGUUCUCACCGUGGACAAUGGAGUGGUAGUGUCCAAUCGCUUUCAUCUACCAGAAUAUCUGGGCUCUACAGCAUCCAUCGGCAAGAGGUGUGAGACAGUCGAUGUGACGUUGGAAUGGUUCCGGAACCCAUCAUCGGUGAUCUGUUUCCCCGACAAGUAUAUGGGCCCAUCCAUUGUUUUAUUUGUCUGCCUUGACUCUGGAUUGAUCCUGGCAAUUGAAGUGCAGUGCAAAUGGGUCAGCAAGGGAACGUUAAAUAAUGAGACAUGGGAGAAUACAGUCUCGACCCUUGAUCUUGCACACCUGUACAGACGAAAGAGUUUGGGUGCCAAAAACAGUGACAAGGCCAGGGGCGCUGUUUUGGAUCUGCUCAGCCGUCUAAACCCAACAACCACUCUUCCAAAUGAUAAAUGGUUCCAAAACGGAUUACCAGUGUUGCGGGUCAUUGCAUCAUUCCCUGCUGCACCUUCUGAAGCUCAACGUCGAGGAUCAACCUAUUUUGCAACUCUUAAUAUGGACUAUUGUGCAGAAGUAAUGCAUGCAAUAGGUUUGCUAAAGAGUGUGAGCUUUUCGCUUCUUAAUGCCAGAAAGUAUACAGGAGGUGGUAG